CAGUGUAGUAUUAGUACUUGUACUGCAGAACUCUGAAUACUGCGUGUGUGUGUGUUUCAGGUGAGUUGUGGAUCCGAGAGGUCAGAGGUCAAACCAGCUGCUGGACUCAAGACAGGCAGCAAGGCGUCCCAGCGACUGAAGAAGCGUCCUCCCAGAGGAAUGUUCCUGAAUCAGCAGGACGUCGUCUCUCUCUCGUCUUCGUCUGCUCAGGGAGUCAUCAGACAUCUGGACUGCCAGCUGGUGUCCAUCAAGAGACAGAUUCAGACCAUUAAACAGUCCAACAGUUCUCUAAAGGAGAAAAUCAGCUCAGGAGUAGACGAGUUCAGACAGCCUGAGGCAAAUCAGAAGUUUAACAAUCGUUGGACCACAGAGGAGCAGCUGCUCGCUGUACAAGCCAUCAGGAAGUAUGGGCGGGAUUUCCAGGCGAUCUCAGACGUGAUUGGUAACAAGUCGGUGGUGCAGGUGAAGAACUUCCUGGUAAACUACAGACGGAGGUUCAACCUGGACGAGGUUCUGCAGGAGUGGGAGGCGGAGCACGGGAUGGAGGCGGGGGACGGGGGGGACGGG